GACCACACAUAUAUCAGGCCCAGCGCUCAGCUAGUGAGAACACUACUUCAGUGCCGCGCAAAGUGAGAACACUACUUCAGUGCAGCGCAAAGGAUAUCGUUUGCAGAAUGAACACCAUAGAGAAGGUGGAUUUCGCUCAUGUUGCAACAGAGAUGGGAGGUAUUACGAUAAAGAAUUUGGUAACUAAAGACAAGUUCAUAGAUAAUGACAACAAGAUUAAAAUCCUCACCAUCGGCCGGGAAAAUAGUAGUGCAACUAAAACCAUUCUUCUCAUUGGAGAAACAGGAUCCGGGAAAACCACGCUUUUAAAUGCGAUGAUCAACUACCUUAUGGGCGUUCAGUUCGAGGACAAUUUUCGAUACUCUGUGAAAGAUGAAAUUGGUGAUGAUCGUCAGAAGAAAGUUACGGAUAGUCAGACAGAGUUUGUUACAGGGUACCACAUCUAUUAUAAACCUGGCAUGGUACACGACUAUAAUUACCUAAUAAUUGACUCUCCCGGACUAUUAGACACAAGAGGAAAGAAAAUACAGGAUAAAAUUAGGAAGCAAGCAGAAUUUUUCUUACGAAAAGAAGAACUGAAUAUAACUGAGCUUCACUCUCUUGCUUUUGUCAUAAAUGGGACUACCAACAGAUAUCAGCAAUGUGUGAAGGAUGUUAUUACAGACUUUGAAAACCUGUUUGGAAAAGACACUGAUCAGAUCACAAAUAUCCUUGCAACGCACUGUGAUAAUAUGCAGUCAGUGCAACAAGUCCUGAAGGAUGUGGAGAUCAAGUAUAGCAAAUUGUACAACUUUCAAAAUGAUUGUAUUUUCAGUAAAGGCCAAGGCAUGCUGGACAGCCCCUGGCUUGCCCAGGUUGCACCCCUAAAAUGGGAGUGUUUGAUGAAAAAAUAUCAGGAAUUUUUUGAAGAUUUAAAUGUAACCACACCAGUGAGUCUUUUACUAAGCAGGGAAGCCGCUGUUGAAAAGAAGGAGCUUGAGGGAGCAGUAAUUCAAAUAAAGAAUAACAUAGAGCAUAAAAUCAAUACAGUGAUAGAAUAUGAGAGCCAAAGAAAGUUAUACGAAGAGUAUAAGACAUGCAUGAAAAACAACAAGACAUUUGAAGGAACAGAAACAGUCUCUGUAAAAGAGAAGGCUUCCAUUGAAGGUACAUUUACUCAUGCCCACAACUGUAAAAAAUGUAAUAGGACGUGUGUCUUCCCCUGCUAUACAGGAGGCAUCAUAGUACUCUGUCUCACAUUCUAUGGUAAAUGUGAAGUCUGCCAGUGCAGCCUGUGGGAUGAUCAUGAGCGAGAGGGCAAAAGAAUUGUUGAAAAACUCAAAACCAGAUCAGUUACUCAUAAAGAAAUGAAAAAAAGAUACGAAGAUGCCAUGAGAAGGUUUAAUGACACUGAGGCAGUGAAGACUGAGCUGAAAAAACAAAUAGAUGAAGCUUCUGUAGAGGUGGCGAAGAUGACGCAAAAAAUUACAGAUCACAUUAACGUAAUAAACCGAAUCAUAAGAAAUCCAAAACCUAAGACACCCACUGAAUAUUUCAAUGAUAUUCUGAAAGGCAUAGAGGAAACGAUGACUCCAAAGCUCACGAAUUCCACAGACAAGGCAUUUCUCUCCCAAACAUUAGAAGACCUUAGAAUCAAAUAGAUUUGGCUUUAAGCAUGCAGGACAUUCUGUGAGAUGGACCACAUGUGUAGAAAUGUAGAUGUGGAUAUGCAUGUGCAUCCACGAUGCACAUGUGCAUCGUUGACGCACAUGCGAAUGCUAGUUAUAAUGCAAUGAAUUUCUUAACAACAUGCAAUAUAUGGGAAUGAAACAAAAGUUUAUGCAAUGAGAAAGAUAGAGUUUGUACUUUUGUGUCGUAUGUUGUAUUUUGUAUUAGAUGUACUUUAAUGCCGAAUAAAAUCAGAUUACCUAA